CAGUGCGUGGUUUGGUACCAAAGUGUUAUAUAGAGAUGCAUAAUAUAACCUAUCUACGUUUUGCAUAAAUCUGUGCAGUAGCCUUGUAAUUGAUGCAGUUAGCUUCAAUAACGCGGUAAUGCGAUUACGAGAGUAGUGAAAACGUCAUCAAAGUGAAGAGAUAUCGAUAUAGUGUAAUUCACGUACGGCGUUGUUUAGUGUUUAUCUCAAUAUUACAGGCCGAAAUGCCGGCCGCACGAGGUGUAAAGCGUACGGCAUCCAAGUCAUCGUCCUCUGCAGCAUCAGCGACGCCGAAAAACAAGAAAAAACGUAAUGCAGUAAUCCAAUUGGAAGUGCCGACCGCACCGAAGAAGCGGGGUCGUGUGCUCACCUGUGGACAGGGAGACGUGGGACAGCUCGGUCUGGGCGAAGACGUCAUUGAGACUAACAAGUUCAAGCAAGUGCCAGGGCUUGGAGACAAGAUUGUGGACGUUUGUGCUGGCGGCAUGCACACCGUUGCUCUUGACAGCGAUGGAAAGAUAUGGACAUUCGGCUGCAACGACGAAGGUGCACUCGGGCGGACAACCUCUGGGGAAGCAGACGAGGGCACUCCCAAGAAGGUCACCCUGCCUCUGCCCGCUGUAGCCAUUGCAGCUGGGGACUCUCAUUCCGCUGCCUUGCUGAACAACGGAGAUGUUUUCGCCUGGGGAUCUUUUAGGGACUCGCACGGCAGCAUGGGCUUGGUGGUCCGCGGCCGCGAGGGCAAGGCUUGCCGGGAGCCCGUCAAACUGGACAUCGGAGAGCCGGCCGCCGGCAUCGCCUCGGGAGGGGACCACCUCGUUGUGCUCUCGACAUCCGGGUCUGUGUACACGAUGGGCUGCGGAGAGCAAGGUCAGCUGGGGCGUCUUUCCCAGCGAUCGGCCUCGAGGGACACUCGGCAGGGCUUCAGUGCGUUGCUGGUUCCAUCGAAGGUGACCUUGAAGGGCGGCGCGUCUCGCGUGUGGGCUGGCUACCACGCCACCUUCAUCCUCGACGGAGGGCAGGACAAGGUCAUCGCGUGGGGACUCAACAACUAUGGACAACUUGGUGUAACAGGAGAAAAACGCAAAACAGCGUUAUUCUCGCCAACAGAAUGCGAUGCAUUCACCGCUACCAACGUCGGGUGGAAGAGUGUGGCGUGUGGACAACAUCAUUCAUUGGCUCUCGACACCAGUGGACAGGUUUAUGCUAUCGGCCGGUGCGAGUAUGGACGGUUAGGCCUGGGUUCGCGCGAAGGCGACGCCGAAGCCCUAGAACCGAUUCCUCUGCUGCAGAGCAAGAAGUGUAUUAGCAUUGCUGCAGGCACCAGCAGUUCGUUUGCAGUCACUGAUACCGGCGAGGUGCUGGCGUGGGGCAUGGGCAGCGAGGGCCAGCUGGGCACCGGCGCCAGCGAGGACGCGGCCGAGCCCCGCGGCGCCGUCUGCCAGGCGCUGGGGGACCUCCGGCCCUCCAACAUCUCUGCGGGCGGACAGCACACGGUGCUCUUGGCGGAGGACCCAUCAUCCCAAAAGGAGGCCUCGCCUGUCCCAGAGAAGGAAACGGCAGAGAAGAAAGCCGACGAAGUCGAGGAAAUGGAAGAAGAAGAGCCAGAGCCUGAGAAGCCAAAACCCAAAGGCCGUGCGACGAAGCGGCAAAAGAAACAAGAGCAGGACGAAGAGAUAUCUUCCACGUCCAGCGCUCAGCCAAGCGAGAUCUCCGACGAGAGCAAACCACAGAAGGUGAAUGGCGACGAGAAGAAAGAGACCCCAAUGGAAGUAGAUGAAACUGACAAACCACAAGAAAAGAAAGACAACACAACACCAAAAGACGAACAAAAAACAAUCCCAGAAACAGAGAUGAAAGAGGAACCCAAACCGGAAACCACAGACACGUCCAGUCAAGGCACUAUCGAGUCCAAAUCUGAAGAUUCCCAAGACAUCGAGAUGACAGAGGAAAAGCCUGUUGAAAAAAUCGUGGAAGACAAAAAGCAGGAAGAAAAGAAACCCGUUGAAAAAGUCCCAGAGGAAAAAAAACCUGUUGAAAAUGCCCAAGAUGAAAAACAGGAGGUCAACGGCACUGAAGAGGACAAACCGGAAAAAUCUGAAACGAUAGAGGUAAAAACCGUUGUUAAUGAAAGUGUGAAUGAACCCGCAUUAACAACAACUGCGUGAUGGUAAAACUUCAGUGUCCGUAGGUACAUUUGUUUCAUGUGACGAGUGUAAUAAUAUUAAUGUCUGUUUCCCGGCUUCGUUUCCCGAUUGAACUUUUCUAAGUUUGAAUGUAUACAGCCACCAGAACUUAUAUAGAGUUUGUGGUCAUCGCCAUUGUGCGGAAUUUCAAAGAAAGAACAACUUCCAUUGGCAAAAAUGUUACCAUCACAGGGAUCAACAUUAACCUGACAACCAAUUUGUUAAUAUACACUCCCGGUCACAUAAUUCGAGCCACUUUGUGUUGAAGAUCUCAUAUCUCUGAUCCCAGAUAUCGAUACCUCUACUUUUUUGGUAAUCUCUCUUUUUGUUUCUUUUUUUUUUUCACAAAAUUUGUUUUCUUGUUUUUUUUCCGAAUUUUGUUUUUUGUUUUUUAUUUUUUUUCGCAAAAUUCGGGGCGCAUAAUAUUGGUAUAUAAAAUAAGGCUGCUUACAUUAAAAACAGAAAGUAACCACAAAAUUAAGUUUGCCUAGUAUAAUUGGAGAUAUCGAUAUGUUAAUAACUUGAUCUCGCUAAAAAUUACGAUUAAGUUAGUUAUGAUAAGGAGGAGUAAAGUAACUUCAUUUCCAUAAUACGUCCUUGUUGAAAAUUUGAAUUUGUACGACCGGGGAAAACGUUGUCUUCGAUGGUAACAAUAUCAUUGUAUUCUAGCUCUUUAAGAUUAAAAAUUCAAGGUGGCUCGUAUUAUAUGUCCGGAAGUAAAGUUCUCAAUGUACAGAAAACUCCCUAAUACAAAUUAUUUGCGUCUGAUUCAUUAUAUUCUUUUUUGAAUGUUUCUUUUUAUUUGAUUAUUGUUUUAGAUUAUCGCCUCUCUCAUGGCCUAAAUGAAGAAUUUUGAAUAUUUUAUUAUUGGAGCGGCGAUAUUCCCCAGCAAUUUACAGUCGGCCGGGGUUAAGGACUUAGGUUCAUGAACCGGUGAAAGUUACGACGUGUUGUAUCGAGUAGAACCGCUUUAUUAUUAUUAUAUAUACUCGACCCAUAGGUAUAAAACAGCCGUUUUUUUUUAAAUCUGUUUCUUUUUUCGAUCUCAGGCGGUUCACUUACGCAUUUCCAUUUUGGUAAUUUUCAACAUAUGGGCAACUAAAGUCUAUUUUUGACUUUGAAACUCCGCGACCCCAGUGAAGUUAAAUCGUGCAAAAUAGGUGCGCUUGCGUUGAAUAUUUUUUCAUGCAGUUACUUUUAAUUAAAAUUAAUAAAAUAAAUAACAAAAACGCAACUACAGUCACAGACACCACCACCAAAACUAUACCAGACUCAGACAGAGUCGAACAAUCAACAACCCCUGAAU